CCAAAUGCAAAUUGCGUAAGUCCCCAAUUCUCCCUUUAUUCUUUCCCCAUCAUCCAACGGUCCUAAAGCCACUUUAACCUACCAUCCUCUCAUCACAGCCGUUACACCUCCCUCUUCCUUGUUUCUAACACAUUUUUUAUGCCGCCUUCUCCUUUAAUUCAUCCCUUCUCUCUCAUUUCAUCAAUCUUAUGCCGCACCUCCCAUCUUCUUCCUUCCCUUCUCUCCCAAACCCCAUUUUGUUAUAUGAAUAUUGAUCCUCUCAUCCCCAUUGGUGACAAUGUCUGUGCCGCCGUGGCUUGAAUCUUUGUUAUCCACCACAUUCUUCACCAUCUGUCCUAGACACCGAGAUGUCCCCAGAAACGAGUGCAACAUGUAUUGUCUCGAUUGUAUGACCGAUGCAUUUUGCUUCUAUUGUCGAUCCUCUAGACACAGAGAUCAUCCUGUAAUCCAAAUCAGACGGUCGUCGUACCAUGAUGUGGUUAGGGUGACUGAAAUUCAGAAGGUUCUGGACAUCAGUGGAGUUCAGACAUAUGUGAUAAACAGUGCUAGAGUUCUCUUUCUCAAUGAAAGACCUCAACCUAAAGGCAGCAGCAACAGCAGCAGCAGCAGUAAAGGAGUUUCUCAUUUAUGUGAAAUAUGUGGGAGAACUCUUCUUGAUCCCUUCCGUUUUUGUUCCUUGGGAUGUAAGCUGGUGGGAAUAAAGAAGAAUGGGGAUGCGAGUUUUAUCGUGAGCAACAAGAACGAGGAUGGGAACGAGGAGGGAGAAGAAGGAAUGGCAAUACUGGCGGCAAGAAGAAUGGCGUUAUCCCAGGAAGAAGGAUUGCGUGAAGGAAGGCAACAAGAAAUGCUACAGCCUACUCAUUUAAAUAUUAAUAAUAAUAAUAAUUCAAGGAGAAGGAAAGGCAUUCCUCAUAGGGCACCUUUUGGGUCCUAAGAAAAAUUCUUUGUACAAUAUCCAGCUCAUUCCUCACAAGCCACCCACAUGGGGUCACUGUCCCUAAACAAGGGCAGGGGAGACAUUUAAACAAUGAUUAGGUGUAAGUUUCCAUUUGGGUUGGGAGCUGACUUGGACCUCCAUAAAUGUGGCAUUAAUGCACCAGACAUUUGCUGGGUUUAAAUCUUAUGUAUACGUACCUAUAUACACAUGAUCGGUUUUAUAAAUAUAUACGUACACUUUUA